AUGUCCGCUCCCAGCGCCGUCGUAAGGACGGCUCCCAUCGCCAUCGCCCCCAAACCACCGCGAUUCCCCCCUAGCCGUCAGAUCAGCAUCCAUCUCGAUCCAUACCCUAGCCUCCGCAACGGCAUUGACUCCCCAGACUCGGACUCGCCAAGCGGCCAUUCGGCAGCGAUCCCCUGCGAGUCUUGUGUCCGCCAAAGGCGCGAUUGCGUCAUGAGCGAUGAGGAGGAGAGUUGUAUCGCCUGUCUGGUGAGCGGUACUGAUUGCUCGUUGAGGGAGAGCCCGCCCCCGCGGAAAAGGAAGCUGAACGGUGAAGCCGACGACGGCAACAGCAAAAGAAGUUCGCCUGGCAGGUCUGAUAACAGGAGGCGGAGGCACCAGCAGCUCAGUUACUCCAGCACCACGGCUAGUAGCUCAUUAAUUGAGGAGAUGGCCAACUUUGGCGGCCCGACGCUCCUGAAGCGCACCCUUGGCCUCCAGUCGGACAGGUACAGCCAAUACAUAGGACCGACGACAGAUUUCGAGCCUUCUCUUAUCAACCUCUCCUCCUUCGACCCACACGACGAGAGCCUGCUCACUCGCGGGACUCUUAGGAGAGUUAGUGACAAUGAAACGUUUCUCAUGCUCCCCGACUAUAACACGCCUGGAUUUGAACAUGUCCUGGACGACGUGGAUGAGAUUGAGAGAAUUGUCGCGCCACACAGCCGCCAGUUGAUAGACCUAUACUUUCGUGUGGUGCACCCCGGGUUUCCCAUUAUUCAGAAGACAGUCUUUUUCGAAAAGUAUGAGCGCUCUUACCGUGAGUUCUCGCCGCCGCUCCUUGCCGCCAUUUACAUCCUGGCCAUCAAUUGGUGGGAACACUCAGAGGAGCUGGCCUCCUUGCCACGCCCCAAUGUGCGCGAGCUCGAGAGGCUGGUUCGGACAACGUUAGCCGACGCCAUGUAUCGACCCAAGCUCUCCACAAUACAGGCCGGCCUGCUCCUGUCUCAGCGUCCCGAGGGAGAUCAAUGGGCACCAACAGCACAGCUCGUGGCCAUCGGCCAAGAGCUUGGUCUGCACCUGGACUGUUCCAGCUGGAAAAUUCCGCCUUGGGAGAAAGGGUUGAGAAAACGACUGGCAUGGUCCCUGUAUAUGCAAGACAAGUGGGGUGCUCUCGUUCACGGUCGGCCGUCACAUAUCUUCUCAUCCAAUUGGGCGGUGCAAGCCUUGACGCAGAACGACUUCCCUGACGUAGAGUGGGACGAGAGUGACCUCGAAGAGAGACUGGAAAUUGAGCGCGGACGUACGCUGUUUGUUCAGAUGGUGCAGCUGUCGCAAAUUCUCGCCGAGAUCCUCGAAACAUUUUACACACUGCAGGCGACGCAGGCUGUGGUCAACGCCGGUCCUCAGGGGACGCAACUGGUGCUGUCGCUAGCUAAGCCGAUUCAACUCAAGUUGAAGGAGUGGUACGGCGCAAUACCCGCAGCGAUUCGAAUGGAUUCGACGUUUCAAAGCGGCACGAUCACGGCCAGGCUCUCGAGCAUCGGGUACCUCCACCUAGCCUAUUUCGCCACAGAAAUAACGCUCCAUCGCCGAAUUAUCCGCUCCAUCGACGGCGGUGUCGCGGUAGGGGCGACAAUGGACCCGUACAUCCAGCACAUUUGUCGCAGUGCGGCCAAGGCGCGUCUCAUCUCGGCCAUGGACUUUGUCAACCGCCUGACGCCCUCUCACCUACGCGCAUUUUGGUACUUUGCAUCCAAGACGAACUUUGCUCUCAUCGGUACCUUUGGCUCGCUGCUCUGGGGUACGUCGCCUGGCCGCGAGGAGGCCGAGUGGUACCGCCGCCGCCUUGGCGAGUACAGGUGGACUUUGUCCGUCAGCUCCAAGCCUGGCGAAGGCAAGGGUCUCACCGAGUUUGCCAUGGGCAUGCUCGACAUCACCACGGGCUUGCUUAAGCAACUGCCCGAAAAACCAUUGCUCAGUCGCCACGGGAGUGCUGUGGACAUUGAUGCGGCGAGGCGCCAGAGCAUAUUGGCCUUGGGAGGGAGCACGGGAGGGGGGUUUGGCGGAAUGGGCACGGGUAUCGGAGUGGGAGUAGGAGGGAGCUGGAGUAACCUGAGCGGUAUUGUAGAGAACAGCGGUAACUAUGGCGGCGAUCUGCCCACCAGUGCCGAGGCCAGCAACAUGCAUAGCCCCCGUAGCCCACGGGGCGGUGGCGGCAGCGAAUCCAGCGAUGAAGGCAUGUACGGGUUCUCGGCUACGGCGGGGAUGGCGGGGAUGGCAGACUGA